ACCUCAGCCCGUCGGUGCCCUGGCGCGCCUCUGCCCUGCCUUGCACACGGCCCUCGAGACGCGUCCGCGGGAGACUUCCAGCAGAAGAGACGCGCCGAGUAGUCCCGGCACCAGGACGAGUAAAUCGGAGGGGGGGGCCUCAGAAGGGGCCAAGGGUUUUCCUGGUGGGCGAAAUAUACGAGGGGGGGCGGUUGCCCCACCUUGGCGCCGCCCUACCUCUGAGCGAAGCCCUUUCCAAGGAGCUCGCAUCUAACGCGAAAGCCCCCGGCCUUCUCACCUCGGGGCACCUGGACGCGCCGCCCCUCCGGCUCCCGCGGAACGCGCUCCGGCACGGGCGGCCCUUUCACUUUCGCUUCCCGAAAGUUCGGAGGUGGCCUGCCUGGACAGUCACACGCCAGCCCUUGCCCUGGGGCCAAAGCCGCGGCGCGCAGCCGGCACAGCGAGGCAGCCCGCCCGAGCUGCUCUCCGCGCCCCGCUUCCUCCCCAGCUGCGAAGGCUCCAGCCCAGUGUCCAGUCACCAGAGGUUGUUACUUUGCAGCAGGAAGAAAUGACUUAUCAGUCAGUUCAGGAAACUUUGUGGGGAGCAAUGGACGGGAAUGGACACGGUGAGGCUGUCAAUGUGCUGAACCGGUGCCUGGCUGCGACCAUGGACUGGAUGAGGACUAAUAAACUGAGGCUCAAUCCAGACAAGACUGAGAUGCUGUUAGUGGGUGGUUCUUCUGACCAGAUGGUGGAUGUCCAACCUGUCCUGGAUGGGGUUGCACUCCCCCUGAAGGAGCAGAUUCAUAGCUUGCGGGUUCUCCUAGAAUCAUCUCUGUCACUUGAGACUCAGGUAGCCUCGGUGGCACGGAGUGCCUUCUACCAACUUCGGUUGGUGGCCCAACUACGUCCCUAUCGGGACAGGGAUAACCUGGCUUCAGUUGUCCAUGCUCUGGUAACCUCUAAAUUAGAUUACUGCAAUGGACUCUACGUGGGGCUGCCUUUGAAGACGGUUCAGAAACUGCAGCUUGUGCAAAAUGCAGCGGCCAGAUUGGUAACAGGGACCAGAUGGUCCGAACAUAUAAAACCGAUUCUGUCCUGCUUGCAUUGGCUGCCUGUAUGUUUCCGAGCUCAAUUCAAGGUGCUGGUAUUGACCUAUAAAGCCUUACAUGGCUUGGGACCACAAUACCUGAUGGAACGCCUCUCCCGAUACGAACCUACCCGUACACUACGUUCAAGAUCAAAGGCCCUCCUCCAGGUGCCUACUCCGAGGGAAGCUCGGAGAGUGGCAACAAGGGAGAGGGCCUUCUCAGUGGUGGCCCCCAAAUUAUGGAAUGAUCUCUUUGACGAGGUGCACCUGGCACCAACACUGUUAUCUUUUCGGCGCCAGGUCAAGACUUUCCUCUUCUCCCAGCCAUUUAGUAUGUGUUUUAUAAUGUUUUAAAUUUUAAAUUGUAUUUUAAAUUGUUUUUAAAAUAUGUGUUUGAAUUGUAUCUCUUUUAAUGUUUUCAGUUACUGUAAACCGCCCAGAGAGCUUUGGCUAUGGGGCGGUAUACAAGUAUAAUAAAUAAAUAAACAUAGUCAUUGUGACUCUUGAUAGCCAUUGAUAGCCCUGUCCUCCAUGAAUCUAUCUAACCCUCUUUUUAAGCCAUCCAAGUUGGUGGCCAUCAUUGCCUCUUGUG